AUGAAGAAGCCUGCUGCAAAGUCGAAGGCGAUGAAGGCCAACAAGGCCAUGAAGGUCAUGAAGGCCAGCAAGGGCAUGAAAGCCACAAAGGGCCCCAUGAAAGCCAUGAAGGCCAGCAAGGCGAUGAAAGCAAUGGCUGCGAUGAAGGCCAGCGAGAAGGCCAUGAAGGCCAUGAAGUCCAUGAAGGCCAAGACGGCGAUGAUGAAGAAGCCCGGCCUGCAGAAUGGCAGGUCCGAGUGGCGGACGAGGGGGCUGACCCCUUCUAUCAGCCCCCAGCACAAGGAGGUUGUGAUGGUCUCGGCGCAUGAUGGCCGUGUGAUCUGCGACCACUCCGUGCACAAGAACCUGACUCUGGAUGGCCUCAUUCGUCAGUUCGAGGAGCCCGGCUGUGAUGGCAUCCCUGGGGUCGUGACUGGCAUUGCCGUGGCGGUCCAGUUCAUGGAUGAUGACAAGAAGAAGGACGAUGACGGAGGAGAUGAUGACAAGAAGAAGAACGAUGACGCAGGAGAAGAAGGCGAUGAAGAGUGGGCGGCUGGUUGCCGUCCGCUGUUGCGGGUGUGA